ACUUGAUUUAUUUAUAUUUAAAACGUUCGUAAUUAAACAAAUAUAUAUGUUAAAAUUUUUUAGUACAAACAUGUCUAUGGACUCAAAGGUGCCAGAAGUCAAAUCAGAACCGAUUGUACUUUCUAAGGAAGUCCAAGACACUUUUAUUACACCAGACAAUAAUGAUUUGAAAAUAAACAAAGUACAAAAAAUCUACACCUGUACAAUUUGCAACCGUGUGUUCACAUCACUUAAAGGCUUAAAGUACCAUUCGACAACCCACAACAUAGGUAAAGCUUUCAACUGCACGUAUUGUUAUAAAAACCUGAAAACCAACGAUGCCUUAAAAGUACAUCUCCGUACCCAUUCUGGUGAAAGGCCUUUUGUGUGCACCAUCUGCAAUAAAGCAUUUAUCCAAUCCAGUCACUUACGGGAACAUGUGAACAUCCACACCGGAGAACGUUUAUAUGAAUGUGAUGAAUGCAAGAAGUCGUUCAGAACAGCCUCAAAUUUGAACAAACACAAAGAAACUCACACUUCCGAGCGUCCCUAUGAAUGCGAGACAUGCAAAAGCACAUUCAAGACACAGACUAAUCUAAAAAUUCACAAAUCUAUACACACUAAAAAACAACAAUUGAAAUGUGAAUUAUGUGAUAAAGUAUUCAAUCAAACUGCUUAUUUAAAACAACACCUGAUAGCCCAUACGAAAGAACGACCUCAUAAAUGUGAUAUAUGUAAAAAAGGUUUUAAUCGGCCGAUCUUGUUAAAAAAGCACAUGGUGAAGCAUAAUGGGAUGGAUCCGUUUCAAUGUGAGAUCUGCGAUGAAGAAUUUACACAGUCUCGGGCUUUUAAAGAACAUGUGAUGAAUCAUAUAAGAUCACGAGUUAAAAAACAGAAGACGAAGUCUUUAAGAGAUGAAAAUGAAGAUGUCUAUGCAAAAUAUUAGUAUUUGUUGUAAAAGAACCAAAAUAUAUAUUUGUA